CUCAUCCUGAACCGUCAUCCAGCCAUGGCACUCUCAGACGAAGUCAAGCGCGAAAUUGGACAGCAUUUUAUUCUGGGCUUCCAUGGCCAGGAAGUAUCGGAGGACAUCAGGACGCUCAUAAGGAACUAUCACCUUGGGCAUAUCAUCUUGAUGAAGCGCAAUAUCAAAGACGCUGCGCAGACAAAGCGGCUAAUCAAUGAACUUCAACAAAUAGCGAAGGACGCUGGCCAUGCCAAACCACUGCUCAUUGGUACAGACCAAGAGAAUGGCCUGGUUUCCGCCUUCAGCUUGCCUAACGGCAAUGCUGGCACACAAUUCCCUGGAGCUAUGGCGCUCGCUGCCACUGGCUCUCCCAAGCUAGCGUACAAGACAUCCCAGGCCAUUGCGCAAGAGUUGAAGUACGUGGGCAUUCAGUGGGCGUUUGGGCCCGUCGCAGACGUAAACUCCGACCCUCGCAAUCCAGUUAUCGGGGUGCGCUCCUUUGGCGAUGACCCGGCGACGGUAAGCAAGUACGUGCGCGCCAUGACAGACGCCUACGAAGCCGCCGGCGUCGCAGCCAGCGCCAAACACUUUCCCGGACACGGCGACACCAACGUUGACUCCCACCUCGGCCUGCCCCGCAUCGAGAAAACCCUCGACGACCUGCGCAGCCUCGAGCUCGUCCCCUUCCAGGCCGCCAUCGCCGACAAGGGCACCGCAAGCAUCAUGACCGGCCAUAUGGCUCUGCCAAAGAUCAUCGGCGACGACUCGCCCUCCUCGCUCUCGCGCAAGAUCACCACGGACCUCCUGCGCGAGGAAAUGGGCUACCAGGGUGUCGUCGUGACGGAUUGUCUCGAGAUGGAUGCGGUGGCGAAAAUGCUGUACGACAGGAACGCGGCCGCGCAGAUGGAGGCGGACAAGCACGACGGGCGGGGCGUCGAGGUUGGAUCGGUGCGCGCGCUGCAGGCGGGUGCGGACGUGGUGAUGAUCUGCCACACCUUCUCGUGGCAGAAGGGCGCGAUCGAGGCGAUGCACAAGGCUGUCGAGGAUGGGAGCCUGUCGCUGGACGCCCUGCGGGAGAGCGGGAAGCGCGUCGCGGCUAUGAAAGAGCGCUUCGUCGGGAGUUGGGACGACCUGCGUGCUCACGAAGCCUUCGUCGACAGCGAAUGGGCCACAAUGAAGGAAGCACACAAGGCGCUGAGCGCGGAAGCGUACGCGCGCAUCGUCGCCGUGAUCAAGGACAACAACGUCCUCCCGCUCGAAAGCGACGGCAAGAUCGUCCUCUUCACUCCCGAGCUUGACAGCCUGAACAAGGCCGUCGACGACGCGGAGGGCGUGCUUCGCGGUCCCAACGGCGCAGUUCGCAACACCGUCGGCGCGUCUUUUGCCAGCAUGAGGAACUUUAUUGCCGACCGCGCCAAGGAGGUAUCGCACAUCAUCUGCGAGAAGCCCAAGGAGGGCGAAAGCCAGCCCAAACCCGCAAGUUCGGAGGGCGCAAGCGCGGUAAUCUUCGCCUUGCGCAAUGCGGACCGCGCGGAGUGGCAGCUUGAGUACCUGCGCCCUGUCAUCCAGGACGCGCAAGCGCGGGGGGUUCCUGUGGUCCUGCUAUCGAGCUGUGCGCCUUACGACCUCAUGGGGGCUCAGGAUGUACUCGAGGCGGCAGGGGCAUACCUGGCGAGCUUUGAGUACACUCGCGAGGCGUUGGAAGCUGCGGUUCGCGUCAUCUUUGGGGAAAUCACAGCGACAGCGAAGGUGCCCGUGAAGGUCGACUACGCCUGACGGGUCACUAGCUUGUCGGAAAAUGGUCGUGUUUGUGACUUAUGUCGCGAACGGAACGGAAGAAUAUACCAUCGAAGCUUCUAUAAGAUUUGUUCAUAAUGUUCGAGGGGGACAGCGCGAUGCGAGUGAUGUAGUUACUGCACUGGCUGCCACCGAAUCUUUCGAACGAGCUUCCGC